CAAAGAAUUCAUUUAAAAAUCUUUCAAAAAAUUUACCCUUCUGAAUUACAAAAACUGGUACCAGUAACAAAUUAGGCCUAACAAUGAAAUAAUUAAAGAUGGUAACUGUAAAUAUACUUUAAACUUUGAAAAAAUUAACAAUUAAAUAAAUAACAAUACUAUAAAAAUAAAUAACGAAGAAUCGAUCAUUUUGCGGGGCCCCCUUCAAAUAUAAAGUUUUUUAAAAUGUUCGUAAUUUCAAAGUAUAACUUGCGUAUUGCGUGGCACAACUAUUAUCCUUGCUGGUGGCAGGCGGUGGUGGUGGGUGACGGUGAGUAGCUUAAUGGUCCCCGGAGAAGCUGGGCCGUAGGCAGCCCAAGGAGGCAGAAGAUGGAGUGUCCCUCCGGGCGACCCUCUCCGAGGACAGCGGCUGGUGAAGCCUCACAUCCGGGACCUCAUCUGACGUUCUCGGCACACUAAACUACAUUUUACUGAAGAUUAGGUUAUGUUCGGUUCCUCAAUGAUCGGAGAGAAACUGUUAGAAAUGAAAACCCAAAUAUGCCAUUUUCUGAAAUAACUAAGAUUCUUGCGGGAGAAUGGAGCAACCUUCCAGCAGAGGAAAAACAGCAAUAUCUAGAUGCUGCUGAUCAAGAUAAAGAGCGUUAUAAUGAGGAGAUGAAUGCCUACAAGAAAACAGAAGCUUACCGACUGUUUACUCAGAAACAAGCUAACAAAAAACAGAAAGAGGAAUCUCAAGAUGAGGAAAUGGUUGAAAAAGAGGCAGAACAAAUUUUUACUGGAUAUGACAUUCCAAUAUUCACGGAAGAGUUUUUAGAUCACAAUAAAGCUCGGGAGGCGGAGUUAAGGCAGCUGCGGAAGAGCAACACGGACUACGAGCAGCAGAACGCAACUCUGCAAAAGCACAUGGAGAAUAUGAGAGCUGCGUUGGACAAACUGGCAGCAGAUACAGAGCAUCAACGCAGCAACAACCUCAUGCUGCAGCAACAUCUGGACCAG